CGCCCGAAAACUUUAUAAUAUUUCCCAUACACGUCGACUUUCGGGGUAAAUGUCGCCCAAACUUACAAGCUACAGAUAUUUUCUGCCGAUCCAGACACGUUGGGCGGACAAUGAUAAUUACGGCCACAUAAACAACUCUGUUUAUCAUUACUACGUCGAUACUAUUGUUAACAACUACCUUAUAUGGUAUUGUGACAUCACAGAGGGCAUUGGUUGGAUGGUUGAGACGCAAUGCUCAUACAGAAAUCCUCUACAUUAUCCACAAGUGGUCCUCGGUGGGCUCGCCAUCACCAAGGUAGGGACAUCUAGUGUCCAUUAUUCCGUCGGAUUCUUCGAGCCAUUGUUUAAAUAUUCGGAAAUUAUUGAGGGGGGAGACCCGCUACUUGAACUGAAGAUUGGCUCGCAAGGAAUCUUAGUUUCGCCGAGCCACCCCGACAAAUACGAUGACAUCGGCAAAUAUUAUCGCACGGAAGCAUCAGUUGUGGGGAGUCCCGUUCAUGUGUUUGUCGACAAACAAACAAACCGACCUGUCAAUCUACUGAACCAAAAGUUUCGCGAAAAUCUUGAAAAAUUGACGACUUUUGAAACCAAGCUUUGAAAAAAUUAAUUAGUUUUAAUUUAAUUAUUAAAUGAAACUUAUUUAUUCAUGCGUGGUGGAGCAACGAGCCAAUGACAGUUGUUAAGUAUCUUGCUCAAGUACGCAUACAUCCACAAUGGUAGCAGCAUCGAGCCUCGAACCUGUCACCUCUGGGCUGGUGACAAGUGCUUUAACCACUGAGCCAUGACGACAUUUUAAUUAAUUAAUUUAAUGAUAAUUAAACAUGUUUGUUAAUUAACAGAGUUAAGGUCGAUGUUUAAAUUAAACUUACCAUUGUUCCUUGUUAUGAGGUCACAAUCAACAAAAGGAAAACAAUGGGAUUUACGGAACUACAAGUACUUUAUCCCAUUCAUGAGUAGGUGGUCCGAUGUGGGAUGCGACGGGACAGUCGAUAAAUCAACUUAUUUCACGUUUGCUGGGACUAUUGUGAUGUCAUACACAGGCAAGUUUGAUGAGAAACAAUUUACUGUGGAUAUGUCGUGUAAACAUAGGGCAUUGCUCCACCACCCUGGUUUGUUCCUCGGUGGGGUUGGGGUGGAGAGGAGUUGGAUCAUAACGGGGAGUUUCCCUCCCAACCCACUAUGACAUCACUAAGGAGUUUGUUUGAUGAACAACCAGCAGCAGUGAUGCGAUGCGUGAAUGUGUUUGUGGACGAGGAACAUAAACCUCUUGCAGUGUUGCCAACAUAUAUUUAUGAUCAUCUCAAACACAUCAUGUUUUAAUAAUGUAUAGGGGCCACAACAGGAGUUGUUUUAAGCUUGACACUGAGGCUAUAACAUGUCAUGUUUUAAUUUCUGAAUCAUAAUGUUUUUAACUUUUAUUACGCUUCUGUUCAUAAUAUAUGAUUUGUAUUAUUUCUAAACCGUGCCAAAUAUUGAUGGGUGAAUAAUGUUUAUUUGGUUAAGUCAUAAUUAAUCAAGUUUGAUGCUCGUUAAUUAUCUUACAAUUAAGCAACGUUUCCCCCCCUUCAUAAGCAGGUGGGGGU